UUUCUCAUCAAUCAACACCUUCGCACCACCGCCACCUCACUCAAUAGUUUUGUGUUCCUGGAUUUGGAAUUACAUGCCACUAGGUACCUGCCACCCACCCAAUUUGCGAGUCAGGAAUUAGACGCAACGUCUAAUCAACCUUCACGGAUCGAGUCAGCAAGAAGGGCAUACCGUGAAUCAGUCAACGACAUCCCACAGUUGACUACACAACACCCUCACGAUGUCAGAACAAAUCCCCGAAAGUAUCCCCACCUCCGCGGACCCCCGCUCCAAGCGCCCGACCAAAAAGCGCGCUCUCUCCCCGAAAUCGCAAACCGCCGCGCAACUCGACGCCCUGUUCGCCAAACCGGACCAAGAAAUCAGGAUCCCGUCCACCAGCAGCGCCCUCUCCCAUACCCCCGGUUCCGCACCCCCAGAAAUCGUACAGAAUGUACAGGGGAGCAGCGCUGGGGCGGGAAGCGGGGAGUUUCAUGUCUAUAAGGCGAGUAGGAGGAGGGAGUAUGAGAGGUUGAGAGGCAUGGAGGAGGAGGUUAGGAAUGAGGAGGAUGGGGAGAAGUGGGAGCGGGAGAGGAGGGAGAGAGAGGAGAGAGAUCGGGAGAAGACGAGGAAGAAUAGGGAGAAGAGGGAGAGGUUGAAGAACAAAGGAAAGAAGGGGAAGGGUGGGAAGGAGGGGGGUGAGGUGCAGCAGGCAAAGGGAGGGAAGUUUAAGGCGAGGGUUGAUGUUGGAAAACGGCCUGAGGGUUUGGGUGGUGAGGGGCCCGAGGACGGGGAGGGAAUGGCUGGUGUAGUGAGUGAGGAGGCUGGGAUUGUGAUUCACGAUGAUGAUUGAGGACCUUGACGUUAUGACUUGGAAAGGAGCUCGACGAUUUUGAAACCAUCUAAGGAGGGUUAAGGAGAACAAGCAGACGACACUGGCAUGAAAUUCUCACAUGCAUUGGCCUUGAGCUCUAUGCUAUGAUACAAGG